CUAGUGGACGGUUCUUCAUAAACAGCUCGUCAACCACCUCGGUAGCUUGCUAGCCAACAUAGCCGAACGAUUCAAGCUAUUUAUACGCUUUCGGUGUAUAUUAGCUGCUGUGUUUUCGACACACUUAGGUCGUAUCUACUUGUUAACCAAUUUAAUAUUACGUUAUUUUGUAUUAGUCAGCUAUAGUAUCUGGCUGGUUAAGUUAGCACUAGCCUAGUCGCUAAUGAUAGCUAGCUAGCUAACAUCCCCGAACAUGAGCUCCAUAAACUUCUCCCCUCCUGUUAAAGAAGAGGAGGUCUGCUGGACGGAGAAAGAAGCUCUGUGGCUGAACAUUGUCGUGAAAGAGGAGAAGGAAGAAGAGGAUAUCACAGUAAAACAAGAAGUAGAGGGUGAGGCUGUUACAGUGAAAGAGGAAGACGUUUCAGUGAAAGAAGAGGAGGACGCGUUCAGAGUUAAAGAGGAGGAAGAUGAGAAAGAGGAGGAUGUAGUUUUUGGUGUGAAAGAGGAGGGGGAGGUUACUGUCACAUUGGAGGAAGAAGAGGAGGUUGGAGAUCUGUUUAACCCCAGUUUUCUGUCCUCAGAUAAAGAGCGCUAUGAAAGCCAGUCUACAUAUGAAGAGGACCCAAUGAAGAGCAGUGGUUCUCAGUCCUGGGGACUCAGAGGCACAUUGUUGUUUUUGCCUCAGCACUGCACAGCUGAUUCAAAUGGUCAACUCAUCAUCAAGCUUCAAGUGAUACCUUGUAACUGGAGAUUCCUUCAAAACGAUUGCCUACAGUUACCGUGUAGGGCACUGCAAGGUUGGGUGACCAGGGUCAUCUGGGACUGCCUCCUGGAGGAAUUCAGGUGUGUGAAGGCUACCUGUGUCCUGCGUAACUUCAUGAGGAUGGACACGAGGACCAGGAGGGGAUCUGCAGCUCGCCCCCGUGUCCCAGAGGAGGAGUCUGCUGCUCUGCAGGAUGUUUCAAGGAUGGGGUCCAACAACGCAGCAAGAGAGGCAAUCCGUGUGCAGGAGAUCUUCACCUCCUACUUCUUCAAAGAGGGUGCUGUUCCCUGGCAACACCAUAGACUACACUAUGCACAACCAAAGGCUCUUUUAAGAGGGUGCUGUUCCCUGUCAACACCAUAGACUACACUAUGCACAACCAAAGGCUCUUUUAAGAGGGUGCUGUUCCCUGGCAACACCAUAGACUACACUAUGCACAACCAAAGGCUCUUUUAAGAGGGUGCUGUUCCCUGGCAACACCAUAGACUACACUAUGCACAACCAAAGACUCUUUUAAGAGGGUGCUGUUCCCUGGCAACACCAUAGACUACACUAUGCACAACCAAAGGCUCUUUUAAGGGGGUGCUGUUCCCUGGCAACACCAUAGACUACACUAUGCUCAACCAAAGGCUCAUUUAAGAGGGUGCUGUUCCCUGGCAACACCAUAGACUACACCAAGCACAACCAAAGGCUCUGUUAAGAGCCAUUCACAUUGCAAUAAGAGUAUUCUUCCAUUUACUUAGCUAUGUCAACUGCAGUUAUUCAAUUCAUAGUUUCUCUCCCUUUGAUUUCUACUUCUCAGGUGAGGGUGCUGUUUAGGUAAGGGUCUGAUGUCUGUGCAAAAAUAAAACAGGCUGAUUUAAAUCACUCAUAUUGAAAAAAUGUAGAACAAUUAGACACCCUAUAACCCACACCUACACACUCAUGUAUCAAUCUGAUUGAUGGAUUGUGUUGUGCAGUAAGCAGGCUCAGGUGUAUAACUGUGGCUCCUUCCACCUUCAAGGAAUAGGCAAGAGGGCCAACCAUGGAGAAUAUCCUCUAGGUUAUAUCAGCUGUGUCGGUGAACCCCUCCUGCAUCUGAACUGGCUACAUAGAGGGCACAGCAUGAUCAGAGAUAUGUUUUGAUGUGAGAGGAUGCCAACCCCUAGUCCCAUCAUCGCCACCUCACCUGCUUUUAAAAUAACCUUUGGGCCGACUAGAGACACUAUUAUGUAAUUGUGAUGAACUGAGAGAAUAUUUAUGUAGCACUGUGAUUCAUUAAUCAUGUGCUGCCUUCCCUGCUCCUAUCUGCUUACCUCUUUCCCUUUCUGUCUUUUACACCUCUCUCUCCACCUCCUCUUUCUUCCUCUGUUUUUAUAAUGCACAACAGAUGUGCAUUGAAGGACAGAUUGAACCUGUAUUUGUAACACUUGGAUAAUGAGCUUUUCAAUAAAGCGUUUCACAUCUAAGGUCUUCGAAAGCCAAGUCAACAAACAGAUCACUGACCAUCUCGAAUCCCACCGUACCUUCUCCGCUGUGCAAUCCGGUUUCCGAGCCGGUCACGGGUGCACCUCAGCCACGCUCAAGGUACUAAACGAUGUCAUAACCGCCAUCGAUAAAAGACAUUACUGUGCAGCCGUCUUCAUCGACCUGGCCAAGGCUUUUGACUCUGUCAAUCACCAUAUUCUUAUCGGCAGACUCAGUAGCCUUGGUUUUUCUAAUGACUGCCUUGCCUGGUUCACCAACUACUUUGCAGACAGAGUUCAGUGUGUCAAAUCGGAGGGCAUGUUGUCCGGUCCUCUGGCAGUCUCUAUGGGGGUACCACAGGGUUCAAUUCUCGGGCCGACUCUCUGUAUAUAUCAAUGAUGUAACUCUUGCUGUGGGUGUUUCUCUGAUCCAUCUCUACGCAGCCGACACCAUUCUGUAUACAUCUGGCCCUUCUUUGGACACUGUGUUAACAAACCUCCAUACGAGCUUCAACGCCAUACAACACUCCUUCCGUGGCCUCCAACUGCUCUUAUAUGCUAGUAAAACUAAAUGCAUGCUCUUCAACCGAUCGCUGCCCGCAUCCGCCCGACUAGCAUCACUACUCUGGAUGGUUCUAACUUAGAAUAUGUGGACAACUACAAUUACCUAGGUGUCUGGUUAGACUGCAAACUCUCCUUCCAGACUCAUAUCAAACAUCUCCAAUCCAAAAUCAAAUCUAGAGUCGGCUUUCUAUUCCGCAACAAAGCCUCCUUCACUCACGCAGCCAAACUCACCCUAGUAAAACUGACUAUCCUACCGAUCCUCGACUUCGGCGAUGUCAUCUACAAAAUAGCUUCCAAUACUCUACUCAGCAAACUGGAUGCAGUUUAUCACAGUGCCAUCCGUUUUGUUACUAAAGCACCUUAUACGACCCACCACUGCGACCUGUAUGCCCUAGUCGGCUGGCCCUCGCUACAUGUUCGUCGUCAGACCCACUGGCUCCAGGUCAUCUACAAGGCUAUGCUAGGUAAAGUGCCGCCUUAUCUCAGUUCACUGGUUACGAUGGCUACACCCACCCGUAGCACGCGCUCCAGCAGGUGUAUCUCACUGAUCAUCCCUAAAGCCAAAACCUCAUUUGGACGCCUUUCCUUCCAGUUCUCUGCUGUCUGCGACUGGAACGAAUUGCAAAAAUCUCUGAAGUUGGAGACUUUUAUCUCCCUCAACAACUUUAAAAAUCUGCUAUCCGAGCAGCUAACCGAUCGCUGCAGCUGUACAUAGUCCAUCUGUAAACUACCCACCCAAUUUACCUACCUCACCCCCAUACUGCUUUUAUUUAUUUACUUUUCUGCUCUUUUGCACACCAGUAUCUCUUCUUGCACAUGAUCAUCUGAUGAUUUAUCACUCCAGUGUUAAUCUGCUAAAUUGUAAUUACUCGAUUUAUUGCCUACCUCAUGCCUUUUGCACACAUUGUAUAUAGAUUCUCUUUUUUCUACCAUGUUAUUGACUUGUUUAUUGUUUACUCCAUGUGUAACUGUGUUGUUGUCUGUUCACACUGCUAUGCUUUAUCUUGGCCAGGUCGCAGUUGCAAAUGAGAACUUGUUCUCAACUAGCCUACCUGGUUAAAUAAAGGUGAAAUAAAAAACAUUCUCUACUGGUUGAAAUGAAGUGUAAUGUGAUGAAAUACUCCACCUACCCUGUGUUUAUCAGAUCAAUGCAGAUGAAGGGCAUUAGAUGUUGAGAUGAACCGGUGUUGGAGUAUUUACAUGAUGCAUAGGAAGUGUAGUGUUCUGUUUUUAACAUUAUAUUUCUGUAUAUAUGAAUUAACUAGUUAAAUCCUGUUUCUAGACUAUUAGUUACAAUGUGUAACCAUUGAUGUCCCAGGACCAAGAUUGGUAAACACUGUUGAAGUGUAUAAUUGUAAUUCAUACAUGCAGACAGCGUCAUUCAAAGACUGGAAUUUGAUACUCCUGGUAUUGGAUGACUGAAAAAUAAUCUCAAAGACAUUCAUACCUAAACUGCACCUUUAUUUGCCAAGGUAGAGUACAUGAUCAGUGAAUAUAUUAAAUGUACAGGCUACAAUGUGGGGAUCUCAUGCAUGGUAAUAACUACAUGUAUAUACGACUUGCAUCCUUGGCACAACAUGAUAUUAUAUUCUACUCAAUCCA